AUGGCAUCUCUUGGGCGACAGACAAUCAGAAUUGGCUACGUGCCUGAACACUACCUGACUCCUCUUCACCUCGCCGCCCGCUCCGCCUUCCCGUCCCUCCCGUUCAAUGUCUCCCUGACGCCUUUUCCUUCCGGAACGGGGCACAUGAUAUCUUCUUUACGGCAGAAUGAGAUAGAUGUUGGAAUUGGCCUUACGGAGGGCUGGGUUGCGGGGCUGGUUGGCAAGGAGCAGAUUGAAAAGGGAGCUGAUGCGGACGGGGGAUAUAAAGUCGUUGGCCAGUGGGUAGAGACUCCGUUGAGAUGGGCCAUUGUGACGGGGCGGAAGAGAGACAAUAUUGCCAGUGUAGAUGACUUGAAAGGUGGGAAUGUCGGGGUGAGCCGGCUGGGCAGCGGAUCGCAUAUCAUGUCCUUCGUCCUUGCGAAGCAGCAGAAUUGGCCCGCCUCGACACCGCUUACGCCAGUGAUCCUAGGUCCUUUCGCAUCACUCCGGAAUGGUGUGACAGGGGCAAAUCCAAACGACCCAGAUGCACCACCGGACCCGACUGCGGACUUUUUUAUGUGGGAAGAAUUCACCACCAAGCCAUAUUUUCACGUAACCAUGGCUACCCCGAAUCCGCCGCUGAAAAAGAUCGGGGAGAUCUUCACCCCGUGGCCCUCAUGGCAUAUUGCUGCGUCCACCUCCACUUUCCCAGAUCCGGCGAAUGAUGCUCGAUUGUCACAGCUUCUCGAAGCUCUGGAUCAGGGCAUCUCCGCAUUUGAGGCUGAUCCGGUGCAUGCUGUGGCGCUAUUGGGCACUGGAGAGUUGGGUUGCACGUAUUCAAAAGAGGACGCCACUGAAUGGUUGAAAGACGUCAGGUUUAUUCAAGGUAAUACCAGGGGCAUUGCGAAGGGCGUCAUAGAAAAUGUUGUUGAUAUCUUGAAGAAUGCUAGCGUUGUGCCGGAUGAUAUUAGCAAUGAUGAAGCUGUCAGGCGAGUUGCGGGCAUUCUUCGAGAGACUUAA